CUUGUCUCUUGUCUUCUUCUUAUAACUGCAUCGUGAGGACUGGUAGAUUGAGGGCUACAACAGUACCAUCUGACGAUCCAACAGCUAGGCCACGACGGAUGACCUAGUCUCGCCAGGCGCACCCCAUACAGAUCCCUUGGCGUCCGGUCUGACGACCAUGGAGUCCGAGUCUGGCGAGAUCCAUCGCCAUCAUCAUCAUUCGCAUCGAAGACGAGCGGCCGAAGAGAAUGGAGAGCAUAGACAUCACCGUAGGCGGUCUAGAAAGUCACUCGAAGCCAACGGGCAUGGCGACUCGUCAGACCCUAGGGGAAGCCUGGGCGUCCACGUCCGGGUACAUACAGUAGAGCAGUUUUGGAAUGAGAUUGAAGCUAUCGUGACUAUCCCAGAGAAUUGCAAUCUUGCGCAACUGGACAAUACUCUGCGGAUGUUUGUGACGUUUUGCGCUGCUUAUCAUGAUGAAUAUCUCCCUUCACCCCAUGAGAUGCACCAUGUCAUCUCCCUUCUGCUCGACUGUGAGCUCUUCACCUAUCACUAUGAGCGGAUGGUCGGCCUCAUCUUCGAUGAUGCGCAGGAGAACACCAACCCACAUGAAUUGUAUGUCCUGUAUCACAUCAUCCUCUACUAUGGUCAUCGUCGACCAUCCCUUUUCCGGUCUCAUCGCAAAUGGAAGAAGCUACUCCCGACGUUGGGCGAAGUCGUCGGCGUAGAUUCGGAUGAGACCUUCGUGUCCGGCUUGCCGCCUAUAGAGUCUCGCGUGCGACUACCAGCCACCGACCUCAUGUACGAAGUCUGUCGUGUUCAGAAACUCUCUUCGAACGAGCUAGAGCAGUUUGACGACGCUUUCAUUGAUCGACUGUUUGAGCUCGUCGAGACGACAAGAGACAACCAAGAUGAGCGGCUCAAUUAUGCCGUCAUCCGACUCAUCGUCGCGCUCAACGAACAGUUCAUGGUCGCUACGCUGCCACACAAGUCCAAGCCCACCUCACCCACCUCGUCAGCGACCUCACCCACAUCGCCACAAUCGGCAGACCGACUUCAGUUGAACGGCAUACCAUCUCGCAUCCAUCCAGAACAUCAACGCCAGCAUCAGCGACGAAACACAGGCCCAGAUCCCCUCGGCGAUGCACAUGAGGAUGCGAAGAUGAUGAAUCGAGUCCUCAUGGUCCUGAUGAAACGUCUUGGCAGCAGCAAGACGUUUGGAGAAAAUGUCAUCUUCAUGCUGAAUCGAGCGAAAAACACGCCCGAGGACUUAUGCAUGCAGCUGCUCAUUCUCAAGAUCCUCUAUCUCCUCUUCACCACCCCUGGCACCCAGGAGUAUUUUUACACCAAUGAUCUCAAGGUCCUCCUGGAUGUCUUUAUUCGAGAUCUCGUGGAUCUGCCGGAGGAAUGCGAAGCGCUCCGUCACACUUACCUCAGAGUCCUCUACCCACUUCUCAACCACACCCAGCUCAGGACCGAGGCCUACAAGCGACCUCAGAUCAAGCUGGUCCUCCACUCUCUGAUUUCCAACGACCACAUUCGUGACAUCGGGCCGACAACCAAACGUCUGGUCGAGCGAUGUCUGGAGGAGACGCCGAAAUUCUCCCGUCGUCAUAGUGCAUCCAAUGUGCGCCAAGAUUCCACGUGCUCGACCCUGUCCCUUGACUCGGUCGCGGCCGCCUUGCCCCGACCGACACAUCUCACCACGUCAAUCUACACUUCUUCUGAUCCAGUCCGACUAUCCUCGCUCAACGACGUUUCCAAAUCGCUCGAAGCGCACGAAGUACAAGCCAAUCUACCAUCUCGACACCGAGCCGAAUCGAGCGCCACGUCCAUAGGAUCUAAUGACGGUCAUCUGAGCGAUGCGUCUACCGCAGGGCCACCUCGGAGACGACGAGCUGCGCCAGCUCCACCGUCCAAGCGGGGCUCGGCAACGAGUACGGCUAGUCUUUCGUCCAUCGGCUCGACCGAUGCCCGCAGUCGAGCCAACUCCGUCGUCAACUCGAGAGCUCAGACGCCCCAGAUCCCAGGUGUCGUCGUAACCCCAGAAUCUGAAUACCCCCCUGGGUUUCAUGAUCUGAUCGACCUUGGUGGAAAGAAUGUUCCACCACCUAUUAUCGAGGUCAAUCCUGUGCCUGCAGUGCCCGGCUGGAUCAGUUUCACCCGAUGAUCCGGGUGGAGUGGUAUCAGAGAUUUGUACUCGUAUAUUCUUGAUGUAACGAUCGCUUGAAUCAACGAGGCCAUACCGAAGGGCUCUCAGUACAUCUAUAAUGCUCACAGGGAAGGAGUACGGAAAUGGUGCUCUCUGUCGAGUGCACUCGUGAGGCUGAAACGGCCCUCUGUGGAUCAGCAAUGUGUAGCUAUACGGCUCAAAGCAUGACAUCUUAGGCCAUCAUGUAAGAGGCAUAGGCGGAGACGA